CUCUGGAUUCAAACCAGUGUCUCUUGACCACUGUUCUUCUUCAACAACUCAUCUCAGUCUCAGUUUGUCUCAACAAUAUGGGUUUGUUUUUGGAAUGGAGAAAUCCUUGUUCAAGAAUUAUAUCAUUUGGUUUGUUUGUUAUGAUGAUAUUACUAACCACAUCAGCAGUUGAAGCUAGAGUUCGUCACUACAAAUGGGAAGUGAAGUAUCAAUUUCAAUCACCUGAUUGUUUUAGGAAAUUAGUAAUUGCCAUCAAUGGUAAAACUCCUGGUCCAACUAUCAUUGCACAGCAAGGAGAUACAAUCAUUGUCGAACUUAAAAACAGUUUGUUGACUGAGAAUGUUGCUAUUCAUUGGCAUGGAAUCCGUCAGAUUGGUACUCCAUGGAGUGAUGGAACAGAAGGAGUUACUCAAUGUCCAAUUACACCAGGAGAAACUUUCAUCUACAAGUUUGUCGUUGAUAGACCUGGAUCAUACUUAUACCAUGCACAUUAUGGAAUGCAAAGAGAAGCAGGAUUAUACGGAUCGAUUCGUGUCGCAGUACCUGACGCUGUCGUAGAACCGUUCACGUACGAUUACGAUAGAACUAUCAUCCUUAAUGAUUGGUACCAUAAGAGUACUUAUGAACAAGCUACCGGUUUAUCUUCUAAACCUUUUGUUUGGGUUGGAGAACCUCAGUCACUUUUGAUUCAUGGAAGAGGAAGAUUCAACUGUUCUUCUCCAACAAUCGGAACUUCCGAUACGUGUAACACGACGAGCCCCGACUGCGAUCCAUAUGUGCUAACAGUUGUGCCAGGGAAAACUGUUCGAAUUAGACUUUCAAGCUUAUCGUCUUUAUCCGCACUGAAUUUCGAAAUCGAGGGGCAUAACCUGACAGUAGUAGAAGCUGACGGGCAUUUCGUCGAGCCGUUCGUCGUUAAGAACAUAAACGUUUACUCCGGAGAAACUUAUUCAGUUUUAGUGACAGCUGAUCAAGAUCCUUCAAGAAAUUAUUGGGCUGCUUCUAAUGUUAUCAGUCGAAGACCGACAACGCCAACCGGUUUAGCCGUCUUGAAUUAUUAUCCCAACCAUCCUAGUAAAACUCCGCCUUCCGCUCCACCUACAGGUCCCUUGUGGAAUGACUCUGACUAUCGCUUAGCUCAGUCUCUGAAGAUUAAAGCUCAUCCGAGUCACGUCGUUGCGCCACCGGUUGAAUCCGAUAGAGUGAUUAUUCUCCUGAACACACAGAAUGAAGUUGAUGGUUUCCGGCGUUGGUCAGUUAACAAUGUGUCAUUCAACUUACCUCACACCCCGUAUCUUAUCGCACUUAAGAAAAGAUUCAAGCACACAGUUUUCGACCAAAUGCCACCACCAGACACCUAUGACUACAAGAACUACGAUAUCAACAUUGUGCAGCCGAAUCCAAACGCAACUGUCAGUAACGGGAUUUACAGACUAAACUUCAAUUCCACGGUUGACAUUGUGCUGCAGAAUGCGAACACGAUGAAUCCGAACAACAGCGAGACGCAUCCAUGGCAUUUGCACGGACACGAUUUUUGGGUUUUAGGAUACGGAAAAGGGAAGUACGAUCCGAUAGAAGACCCGAAGAAGUAUAAUUUGGUGAAUCCGAUAAUGAAGAACACAGUGCCUGUACAUUCAAUGGGAUGGACUGCAUUGAGAUUCGUUGCUGACAAUCCUGGUGUAUGGGCAUUUCAUUGCCAUAUUGAAGCUCAUUUCUAUAUGGGUAUGGGAAUUGUUCUUGAAGAAGGUGUGGAAAGAGUCGGAAAAUUGCCUACUUCUAUUAUGGGUUGCGGCGAAACCAAAAGUUUGAUUAGGCCUUGAUUUUCUUUGUAUAGAAUCGGCUAGUGUCUGUAAGAUUGUUAGGUUAAGCACAAAAAAAAGAACAAAUAGAAAUUCUUGUGUAUUUUUUAUUUCAAUAGAAUCAUUCUUGACAA